AUGCCUCCUCCUCCUUCUCCUUAUUCGCAAACUCUCAAGAAUGGAAUCAAGAACGACCGCCCCGUGCCGGCAGCAGAGGCGGUGUCCUCGUCGAAAACCCGCCAAGAGACGAGAAGGGUCAAGGCGAAACGCGCCCUAACGGCCCUCGUCGUCGGCGUUGGGGCGAAUCUCUCCCUGACCAUGGUGAUAAUCCUCCUGUUCGGGUCGGGCAAGAGGUACGACGCGCGGCCCAAGCCACUGUGGCUCCCCCCGCUCUGGCUCGUGCACGCGGCCUCGCUCGGCUCGUCCUUCUUCAUGGGCCUUGCGGGCUGGCUUGUGUGGGCCGAGGGCGGGUUCCGCGCCCAGUCCGGCGCGGCGUUGCCCCUCUACGUCGACGCAACGUCGCUCGGCGUGGUGUGGAACCCACUGGUCCUUGUGAUGGGCGCGGAUUGGGUCGGGCUGGCCUUCUGCCUCGUGCAUUGGGGGACUCUCGCGGCGUGCAAGCGCGAGUUCGGGAAGGUUAACCAUCUCGCCGGAGAAAUCGUGAGGCCUUGCGUGGUGUGGGUGGGAUUUCUUGCCAUUUUGACCUUUGGUCUUGCAAUUUCUUAA